AUGCAGUUACAAUCCAUUAUCGUCCUGGCUACUGUCGGUCUAGCCACAGUAGGCCUCGCCCACCCCGGCCACAACGAGCACGAACGUCGGGACUUGGGCCUUCAGCAGUUCAAGUCACGAGUUCGUCGAGACCUGGCAAAUUGCGCAGAAAAACGCGAGGCUUCCGGUCUCAAUGCUCGUGCGGAAGCUCGCCGCAAGGCCACUCUAGAAAAGUAUCGUCGCCAACUCAAAUCCAAGAGGGACACCACGACUGUUUUGGAUACCUCCCACCUGUACACAGGAACCGAUAUCACUGUCGACAGUGAUGACAGUGUGGUUUUCUCCGACAGCGGGACAUGCGUGCUCAACCCCGAGGGUGAGGUCGGUCCCUUCUACGUGCCGGGCGAGCUGAUCCGCGAGGAUGUGCGCGACGAUGAGGAGGGAGUGCCGGUGGUGCUAGAGGCCCAAUUUCUGGAUGUCAGCACCUGUGAGCCUAUCGAGGGCGCUUAUUGGGAUAUUUGGAACUGCAACUCGACUGGAGUGUACUCUGGUGUAGUUUCCAGUGGUAAUGGUAACACAGCGGAUACUGGCAACCUGGACAAGAUCUUCCUUCGCGGUAUCCAGGAAACCGACUCGGAUGGUGUCGCCACUUUUGAGUCUAUUUUCCCCGGUCACUAUUCCGGUCGUGCGAAUCAUCACCAUGUGGUCCUGCAUCUGGAUGCUACUGUCCUCUCCAACGGCACGUUGACCGGUGGUACAGUCCCCCACAUCGGCCAGCUGUUCUGGGACCAGAGCUUGAUUUCGAUCGUGGAGGCCACUUCCCCAUACAGCACUAACACAAUUGAGUUGACCACCAACGCUGAGGAUCGUGUGUUUGCCGAUGAGACUGAGGAUAGCACCUCAGACCCCGUGUUCGAAUAUGUCUACAUUGGCGAUGAUGUUUCCGAUGGUAUCUUUGGCUGGAUCACCAUUGCGGUUGACACCACGGCCGAGUACACCCCGACUUAUAGCUUUGAGUACACAUCUUCUGGUGGCGAGGCUGUGAGCAGUUCUUCGGGCUCAGGCUCCGGCUCGGGAUCUGGAUCUGGUUCUAGCUCUGGUGGCUCUGGUGGCUCUGGUGGCUCCAGCGGUGCUGGUGGUCAGGGUGGCUCUGGGGGUGCUGGAGGUCACUAA